UCCGUCCUCCCGGUGAAGAUCCUUCGUGUUCCCGGUGAAGGUCCUCCGUGCUCCCGGUGAAGGUCCUCCCGGUGCACCGCCUCCGAGUCCUUCCACUGAACGUCCUCGUCUUCCCGGUGAAUCGACGCGUCAUCUACCGGAACUCUUCGUGUUUAUUCCGGACUGAACCGGGCCCCGGAGCCUCUAGACCGUGACACCGCUUCCGCUUCCAGUCGACAGCUCCACUGGCUCUUUCUCCAUGGUGAAGUGGGCGGGGUCUGAUGUCAGCCCCUCCCUCUUGUCUUGUCCACACUCCUGCCAUGCCGACCAUGGUUUCUAGGCUGCCCAAGUUUGGUUUGCACCCCAAAUCCAUCGCAGCCUCCAAUGGUGCUCAGAUUCCAGCUCCGCCCGCCGGCACCGUCAUCAGCGCUGCCGCGACCAGCAACCUCCUCACUAACGGGUUCUACCAUCAUCCUGGCCCGAUGGGGGUCAACGGUAGUGUAACAGCGCCCCCCUCUGCUGUCAAGAAGAAUAGAUUCAUCAGAGUGCCGACUUCCAUGAAAUGGAAGAAGGAGAACAGUAUAACGGAAGAUGGCGCCAACGCAGAGCGGGAGUGGAAAACCAGAACAGGCGGGAACGUUGGGCAGAGUCUCCCCGGCAACAGCAUCCAUCAGUAUUAUUACCAACGACAACAGGCAUCACCAGUGGGGGUGCGAGAAGCCAAAAAGUCGACCACAUCCUUGGCAGGAAAAGUUCGUGGUUAUAGUCAGUCUGUGACAUCAUCGUCGUCUCCGUCACCACAGUCCAGCCCGAGAGCAAUUCCUGUUUCUAAGCUCGGCCCUGCGGGUUCCAAACCCGGUCCGACCACGUCCAGGACCAACGGGACCAAACGGGCUCCAACUGGUCUCGCUGGAUCUCGACCGCGGACUGUAUCCAACGGUUCCCUGAGACAGCCUCACAGUUUUGCUCGUCCUGGUUCUGGUCCCGGUCCUCGAUCCGGUUCCCCCUUCCAGAAGAAGCCGCCAGCCAGCCGCUCGCACUCCAGCGACAGCCUGGGCGCCGCGGCGCCGGUCCAGCUGACUGAAGACGACCGGUCACGUAGCCUCACCCACGUCCGACAGCAGCCCUCCCCCUUACUCAUCCGCUCUUACUCCAAGAAGAGAGCUGCUGAGCGAGGCCUCAAAGAAUCAACCUCCUCUCUGGCUCCACCUGGAGGCAGUCUGGUAAAAUUACCUGUUAUUAGCCACACUCCAGAGGGAAGAGGGGGAGGGGUCAAAGCUACCGUGAGGUCAGGGGUCAGCAUCCCCUCCCUCCUGCCCCCCUCUGCCUUAAAGAAACUCCUCCUACCCAGCCUCGGCCCCGCCUCCAAGCCCAGCGGUAUCAGCUACAAGCUGUCCCGCCCGUCACUCAUCAAGCAGCCCCGCCCCCUACGGGUGACCCCGCCCAGCGGGUCAGGAGGUGAACAGGAAGUGAACCCGGGACUGAACUCAGCGGAGCCGGCGUCUACGACAGAAAACAGCCCAGAAAGAAGCCCAGAGGCUCCAGAGCCGGAGGGCCUGUCGACGGAGCCCAUGUCCCAGACAGAGGUGUCGAUUGUGGCGGAGACAUUGGAGGACAUGUCCCUGUCUUCAGCAUCCUCUCUGGACAGAAACGACACCAGUCAGGAGUAUAUGGACGACUUCGACAACCUCGGAGAUGGAGGAGUUGGUUUGAUGCUCCUUUCCUCCAGAAACGAUGAAGACGACUCGGGCCUCGACCAAUCCUGUGCCAGGUUUGACGAGGACAAGGCGGCCAGCAGGGGCGCCAGUGAGGCGGCGGCUCUGUGUUUCCUGGAGGACGGGAUGGACUGGGACGCUGUGAGGUUCAGUGGCGAUCGAGCGGAGCAUCAUCUGACCCAGCUCUCACGCAGGAGGCGGUCGAGUCAGGCGGAUUAUCACGAGCAGGGGGGUUCGUCCCUGGAUCUGUCGCCCUCCAACAGCUGUGGGUCGGGGGGCACCUACAUGUGGGAUGAGGAGGGUCUGGAGCCUCUAGGGGGCGCCGUCACCACCGCUUCCAUCAAUAUCACCAGCACCCACCACAUCGGGAGCUUCGAAUCAGAGGCCAACAGCAUUGACGUCUUGAACACCCUGGACUCUUGUGAUCUGGAGGACGAUGAUCUCAUGCUGGAUGAAGACUUUGCAGAAGAUGUCUCCCUCCACAGCGACGGAGACGGGAUGUCCCACAUGGCUCAGUGGAGGAGGAGACAAAGGUCAUGGACGUAUUUAAAAGCUGUGCGUCCCGUUCACUGCGUUUCCCAUCAUCCCGUCAGUGACCUCCAGUGUGACCAGCUCGCUGAGGAUCCUGGGAAUAAGAGAACCCACGCCACCAGGGACGAUGACCUCAUUCUUGACCUCUGUCCUUCAAGGCCUCCGGGUGCUGGUGCUGUGGACGUGGACGACCUGGCUGACGGCUGCUCUGCGCUGAGAUCCCAGCUGGAGAAGCUGCAGAUGUUACUGCUGCAGGAGGACGAUGUGGACGAAGACACUCUGACGACAGACACUCUGAGUCCUGAGACCAACCAAUCGUCUCACAGCUCUGACGCUCAGGUGCGGGCUCUCCUGCAGGAGGUGCAGCAGCUGAGGGAGGAGCUGAGGAGGCGGGACCAAACCAUCGCUCAGCUCACACUGCAGCUGACUGUUCCCACGGCGACUGCCAGGUGUCGUUGUCAGGAGAAGACGGGAACGAGGGAUGGAAACACACAGACGAGCCGGACGGAGAGAGAGAGCGUGGCCUCGCAGACGCCCUGGAGAGAGCUCAUGUCACAGGUACUUCACUCCCCCGGCCAGGACGACCAGGAACCACUGACGGACCGAUUGUCCAUGCCACCGCCUGACCAAGCUCCGCCCCCAGCUCGCCCCUGCUAUGAGACGCCUUCUGACGCAGACGCAACUGACUCAACGACCGGGGAGAGAGAGGAUGAUGGGAAAAGUUCAAUGAACGAGCCCAGAGGAGCCCACAGCAGAUCACUGAAGCUCCCGCAGCCCUCCAAGCUCCGCCUCUUCCUGUCUCAGACCUCCAGCACGGCCCCCCCCUCGACCACCAGGGCUUCCAGGCCGCCGUCGACCCUUCGUGACCCAGAGAGCCACGCCUCCUCUGGGGUAAAGCUCAGAAUGCUGGACUUCACCUUCGGCUCGUCACGCCUCCCGAAACCAAAGAGCCACUGAGAGCUCGCCUGGCGUCAGCUUCCUGCCCCCCCGAGCCGCGCAGGGCCAUCUGAAGAAUGAAAAAUAUAUUUAUCAAAAAUUAUUUAUUUAUUUUUCAUUGAAGAUAAUAAAGAGAUAAAGACUAAAGUUUUUAAAUUAAACGAUCAGUAGGAAAAAUCCCAGAUUUUAGUUUAACAUUUCUAAAUGAUCCCAAUUCCUGCUCUUUGAUCUAGAUCACAAAAAGAUUUAAAGAUUAGGAAACUUACGGCGUAUUUAGCAUGCUGCUAAUGCUAAUGUUGGUGGCUCACCGCUAACAACCUCAUCACAUCGAAACUAAAGUGUCUCAUUUAUUCCUUUUUUUAAAUUAGAUUUAUAGCUAAUUCGAGUUUCAGGAAAAUAAAGUGUUUCCAGAAAUUAUAAAUAUUAAGUUAUUUUGUGAUUGAACGUUUAGUAUUAUAUUUAUUUUCGCUCGCUGUGCCUGGUUCUCUGGCGCUGUGGGGACGUGGUGGCGCCUCCUACUGGACAAACUCCAACACUGGAUGUUCAGACUCACACCUGCUGCUCACAUCAACUCCUCUGAGCUCAGACAAGUCCUUAUCACCUUAUUGUCAUGUGACUUUGUCCGUGUCACAUGUUCGAUCCUCGCUUGGUGAUUGGUUCCACAUUCUCCGGAGCGUUCCCGGUGUAUUGAGAGAUCCUCCUCCUCUGAUGGAGAACCGGUCUGAAGGUUCCAACGUUCUCUCCAGCGACCAAUCAGAGACUCCGACUGAUGACACGUGAUCGUCUGACUUUUCCCUCCAGCUCCGCUUGCUUCGAUAUUAUAAACUAUUUACAGGACACUAUGCAACAAAGGUUCAACUCGUCCUGCCCGAGUUCCUCUGAGCAGAGACGCAGUCGGAUGAACAUUUAUGCAAAUAACUGACACAGUGUAGGUUCACUUUUCCUCCGAUGAUGAUGAUGAUGAUGAUGAUGAUGAUGAUGAUGAUGAUGAUGAUGAUGAUGAUGAUGAUGAUGAUGAAGAGCUUGACCGCCGUCACACGGAUGAACUCAAACAUCAACAUGCAAAUCAACAACAACAUUAUCAGCUGAUCAAUCGUCUCAGUUUAUAACGAAGGAGGCGUCCCUCCUCUUCAUCCUUCACACACACACACACACACACACACACACACACACACACACACACCUACACACCUGAGAGCAGCAGGUACCACUCCAGUGUUGUAGAUAAACCCAGUUGCCAUGGUGAUGAGGUUGGACAGCCAUGGCAACCGCAGCAGUGUUGGGAUGGUGUGUGUGUGUGUGUGUGUGCGUCCGUGUGUGUGUGUCUUGGUGUGUGUUACCAGGUUCACUUUCAGCUCAGAACAAACUCAUGAAACUUUCUGAGUCUUAACGAAGGAUUUGUUCAUAAAGAGAAAUAAAUAAACGUUAAUCUUCCUCCUGGCUGCUCGUCGUCCAAUCAGAUUCAAGUGUCAUGUAGUUUUCUUUAUGUUUUAUUGAAUCAAAUCAUAUUCAGCUGCAGCUCUGAACCGGGGGAAACUUUCAUUUAGAUUUUCACCUUAAAGGUCUUUGUUAUCUGGACUCUCUGUUUUCUAGAGUCUGAAAACAACCACUUAGUCGCUGAUGAUGAUUAAUUCUCCGUUUCCAUUUGUUAAUUAAUCACAGUUGCAAAACUCCCGCGGUCUGAAGAUAUUUCACAUUAAAAGUCUCUUCUGCGAGGACACAUCUGCCUGAAGACUUUUAAUGUGAAGGAUCUGCAGGAAGUGUUCACUGACGACAGUAGAAAAGAAAAGUGUAGAAACAGAAGCAAGUUUCAUUCUCGUUUCUAAAUCCUGGUGAUUCUCCAAAUAUCAAAAACAUCUUAAAACGUGACUCAAACAUGAAUCAAUUAUUACAUUUAAUAAUCUUUGUCAAUGUUCGUUUGUUCCUGAAGUGAAAACACAUGAAACCAGGUGAAUGAUUGUGGAUGUUUUUACCAUCAGCUGCUUCAGGGUCGAGAUAUAUAUAUAUAUAUAUAUACAUAUCUGUAUUUCACUGUCUCAACUUAACUGAAACGUUUAUUAUCAACAUCAGAAUGUUGUCCUCACUCUUCAUGUCUGUACAGUUUAUCCUUUACUUUUAUUUUGAAAGGCUGAAGGACAGGUAUUUUAUUUUGACAGACCUCCUGCCAUUUCCUGUAUCAUUUUAAUUUUCAUGUAAUGACUUCAAUCUCGCCACCGCACAACAUUAAUUUAAGUGACUGUACAAACUGCUGUGAUGAAUAAACUCGUGUUAUUAUUAUUAAUAAUGUUCUUACACUGAAGCUCGAGCUUGUGAAGCGUCUCGCUCUGAAAAUGCACUUUAAUGAAACUUUUUCAUUUCUGUUUUUGUUUUUAUUGAGUUUUAAAAUGGGAUUAAAUCUGUUUGUCUUCAGGAAGUUCGGAACCACAAAUUAUUCAAAUGAAACAAAACAUCGACUGAAUUAUUUUGGAAUCUGAAAAAAAUCAUUUAGUUUAUUUACAAACGUUUUGUGAUGUGAACACUGCAUCAGUUGAGAUUUUGACCUUUGAACUCUGCUCUCAUUGGCCCAAACCUGCUUUGGAGCAGUUUCAUUGGUUUGAGUGGGACGACGUCCGUCUCCUCGCGUACGAUUGGCCGACACAGCUCUCUGCCUGUAGCUCAUUGGUUCAUGUUGAUGGUUCUCUUCUGUCAUUGGCUGAAAUAAAAAUAAUCCACAUGAAAA